UCCCCGCUCGUCCACGCUUCCUCCCGUUCGGACACUUGGUCGUCGUCUCGUCCCCGACCCAGCAGAUCCGAAAGCGCCGGGGCGAGAGAGAGAGAGAGAGAGAGAGAGAGAGGGAGAGGGAGAGGGAAAGGGAGCGAGGGGGGAGGGGGGAGACGGAGAGGCGGGAGGGCGGCUGCGGGGGGUGGAGGAGAUGGCUGCGGCGAAGGAGGCGGCCGGGCCGAGCAGCGGCAGGGCGGUGCUGGUCACGGGCGGGGCGGGAUACAUCGGCAGCCACGCCGUGCUGCAGCUCCUCACCGCGGGCUUCCGCGUCGUCGUCGUCGACAGCCUCGCCAACUCCUCCGAGAUCGCGCUACGCCGCGUGCGCGCGCUCGCGGGGGACCACGCCAGAAACCUCGUCUUCCACAAGGUUGAUAUCCGUGAAAAAGAUGGACUGGAAAAAGUUUUUGCUUCAGCAAGAUUUGAUGCUGUUAUUCAUUUUGCUGGACUGAAAGCUGUUGGAGAAAGUGUGCAAAAGCCAUUGCUCUAUUAUGAUCAUAAUGUUGUUGGUACAAUAAAUCUUCUGGAAAUUAUGGCAGCUCAUGGAUGUAAGAAGUUAGUGUUCUCAUCAUCAGCUGCAGUUUAUGGAUCACCUAAGAAUUCACCGUGCACAGAAGAUUUUCCUCUCAUUCCACAUAACCCUUAUGGCAGAACCAAGCUUAUGGCUGAGGAGAUAUGCCGUGAUAUCUACCAUUCAGAUCCUGAAUGGAGUAUCAUUUUGCUUAGGUACUUCAAUCCAGUUGGGGCCCACCCCAGUGGAUAUGUUGGUGAAGACCCAUGUGGAACUCCUAACAACCUUAUGCCCUUCGUUCAGCAAAUUGCUGUUGGAAGGAGGCCAUCGCUAACAAUAUUUGGAAAUAACUACGCAACAAAGGAUGGGACAGGGGUUCGUGAUUAUAUACAUGUGGUUGACCUUGCUGAAGGACAUCUUUUCGCAUUACGAAAACUUUUUGAAAGCUCAUCUAACAUAGGAUGUGAAGCAUACAACCUUGGAACUGGAAAGGGAACUUCAGUAUUGGAGAUAGUCAAUGCAUUUGAGAAGGCUUCUGGAAAGAAAAUCCCUUUGGUCAUGGGUCAACGCCGCCCUGGUGAUGCUGAGAUUCUCUUUUCAUCGCCUGCAAAAGCAGAGAGAGAGCUCCACUGGAAAGCGAAAUACGGCAUCACAGAAAUGUGCAGAGACCUGUGGAACUGGGCUAGCAAGCACCCCUAUGGAUAUGCAGCAUCCGAGUCUCCCAAGCUCAAUGGCAGUUCACGCUGAGCAACACCGUUUGUUCCAUGUGGACUAUUACUUGUACAUGCGACGUAGUGCCAACCAGGAUAAAUGUAGAUCUAUUCGGUCAGUCAUACAGAGAAAAGUUUUAUAGGCUUAGGAAACAAUGUUAUCUUGUUCCUCCCUAGCAUAAAUGCUCCUAUAAAUGGAUCCUCCAUAUGCGUAUAGUUUGUCAAACUUUUUCUAGGAGCAUUGAUAUAGUCAGUCAGCUAAUUCAAUUCUUCUACUGCUAAUUGAGUUGUGUUGCCUUAAACAGAGCAUGAUAUAGAUUUCAGCAUCACAAAACAAUUUGCAGCUUAUACGAUUUUUUUGUUGUAUCUGUAAUGUCUUCUUUGCGACGAUUGUAUCUGUAAUAUUAGUGAGUUGAACCACAGUAAUACAUCGAUUUAACUCUUAUCAGUA